AUGUCAUUCGCAAACGCAUCAACAACCAAACGACAGCUAACGAUCAAGACUGGCGUUGAAUCAUCAUACCUGACUGAAGCCAAAGAACAACAAGCUCGCAUAACCUCCUUCAUCGACGCCGGUAGAGACGAGUAUGAUAUCAAACAACAAAGAAAAGUGCUGGAAGAUAGCUUGAAGAUGGUUCCUGACUGUAGAAAAAGGCUAGAGAUUGGGGUGGAUGAUUUACGGGUUCAUUUGGAAGGACUAGAGAAUGACACUGAAGUAAACGAGACGGAGGAAUUCAAAGCAGCAAAACAUAUCCUUUCAGAAGUCGAAAGUCAACUUUGCUCCCCACUACCAUCUAUCUAA